AUGAUUCUUUUCAUUGCUGACACUGGGAACAAGAAACUAGCAGAAGUAAGAGUAGAGAGGGCUGACUUUAAGCUAGAGUGCAAUGUGCGAACGGUCAUGAACCUAAAGGAGAACGUCAAUCCGACUGGACUGUGUGUCGUUGAGGGCCAGCAGAAGCUGUUGCUUGCUGAUUACGGGACAUUUGGGGCCUGGUCGUUCUAAACCUAUAAACGGAAGUACCUUGUGCAGCCAAAUUCACGGAGUGAGUUUGAAUUGUCAUUCAGUCAUUUUCACAGAUACCACAUCACACACGUUGGAACAGUUUUCUCUAGAAGCAUCUGUCUUAGAUGGAAAGAAAGAAGUUGAGAAAGUGGACACAAUCAUUGGUGAUGGUACGAGUGGAGCAGAGGACGGGUUCAUCGAUGUAGCAAGAGUGUUCCACCCAACAGGGAUGAUUUCUGAUAAAGGAACAAUAUUUUUCGUUGACACAAGCAGCAAAAGUGUCAGGCUUAUUACCAAGAUAUCGGCUUUGAUAAAGUAUGUCAGAGUAAUGGAAGACAUUUAUCUUGCCUUCCAUAUUCAUUCUGAUAUUCUAGGUCAUGCCGAGUUGCCAUCUCUCUUAAAAGCCGAGCAACGCAUUGAGAAAGCGGAAAACCCU